UGAGGGGCAAGGCUAGGCAGGACUGGCAGCAGCCUCCCAGCUGCCACCAGAGGCACCAUGCUCUUCACCAGCAACCGCCUUGGCUGAGCUUUCCAUGCAUUCCAAGAGCACAAAACCUGGCUCCCACCAGGCAGGUGCACAUGUGGCAUUAAAGCAUUUACAAACACAAAGCAAUACUGCUUUCAUCAGGGAGCCCUGGCAUCCCCAGCUCUGGGACCAGGCUCACAGGGGUGCACCUAUUUGAAUGGCAGGAUUUGGAGGACAGCUGUGCUGAACGUCAAUAUCUGUGCAGGCAAUGUUGUUGUGCACUUGCACCAGUCAGGCAUAGGACUCCUGGCAGUCUGACAGUCCAGCAGAGUGGCACUUGGAACUGAUGGGCUGGGCUUGCCUCCCUGUUCUGUGCCACCCUCCCAGCACCUCUCCAGCAGCCAGCAUGAUGUGAACAUGCUGUCCAGCAGUACAGCUGGCAGAGACUUCAUGGCCCUUCAUUCCUCCAGUGAUGUAUUCCUAGACAACAUCCUUCCGCAAAUGCACCUGCAAACUCUGUUUGUCUGCGUAUCCCCCUAAGACAGGCCAACUAAUCAGGUGACAUCCCAUGGGUAGGUCUUUCACAUGGUUACCGCAAAAUUUCCUGUCUUCUUCAGCUCAGAGUGACCAGUGAGCUGAAACAUAAAUUUGAUAGAUGAUAGAUAGAUAGAUAGAUAGAUAAAAAAAGAACUCAUAAAUAAAUGAAUAACUAUCUUAGCAUGGCAAGCAAGCAAUCUUGUGUGACAAAUUUACAGGAUAAAGUAAUAUUGCCAGACAUCGUUUGGGAAUUAGUGUCUAAAAAUGAAAAAGACCUUUUCCAUGCUGGUUUUCUUCAUAAUUAGUUCCAAACUUCAGAGUGACCACAGCUGCCAAGCAAGACCAAUUGCAGAUGCUUAAUUUAGAGUAACUCAUAUGUUUCUCAGCUAAAUUAAAAGAAAGCAAACCAGGCAUUUUGGGAACUGCUGAAAGGGGAACUGGAAUGUUUAAUGAUUACUUCCUCAUAAGCCAUGCCCACAAGAGAGAUGCUCUUUAUUCAUGGAGCUGCUCUCCUGAGGAUGAGAGGGAUCAUGCUUUCCUCCCUCUGCUUACUGAUGCACCUGCUUCAGGAGAACAUAGCUACAAUUUUAGUUUUGGAAAACCAAGACCUGCAAGAUUCAAUUAAGCCGCAGAAGGUAGAGUUUCAUUCAUUAAACUUCAACAACACUUUGCAUUGGCAGCCUGGGAGGGCCAGAGAUGCAAGAGACACCGUCUACUUUGUGCAGUAUAAAGUGUAUGGGCAGAGCACAUGGCAAAACAAAGCUGACUGCUGGGGGAUUCAAAACCGUGUCUGUGACCUAACAAAUGAGACCUCUGACAUCCAAGAGCCUUACUAUGGCAGAGUGAAAGCUGCACUGGCUGGCAUUUAUUCCAACUGGAGCCUCAGCUGCAGAUUCACUCCCUGGAGAGAAACUGUGAUAGGACCUCCGACGAUAGCUGUGGCUCAUAGCAGCAAAUCCAUAAUACUAAAGCUCCAGGCUCCACGUUCUCCUUAUAAAAGGAAGAGAGGCAGCAAGAUACCAAUGACAAAUUAUUAUGAUCUGUUGUAUCAAGUCUUUGUAAUUAACAACUUGAUAGACAAGCAACACAAGGUCCUGGUGUAUGAAGGAAAACACAAGAUUAUUAAAAUAGAAGAUUUGAGGCCUGGAGUCAGCUACUGCAUCAUGGCUAAAACAUACGUGCCAAUGCUGGACCGCAGCAGUGCCUACAGCAGCAAGCAGUGCACCAUGCUGCAGUGACAAGAUUAACACCUCUGCGACAGAUACAAGGGUAACAGCAGAAGGUGCCUCCCAUCACAGAUCCAGCUGUAAAUCAACAUCUUUAGUCCAUGCUUGGAAUACGUACUCGGUUCCUUUUUAAAUUAACCUUUGUUGCAUUAAAGGAUUUGAUCAUCACAAUCAUUUUAUGCUACAAAAAGGCACAGGUUUUUUGUAUGCCCUAUAUUACAAUUUACAUAGUAUACAUUUGUAUUUACAAAGGAAACAGUCUUGCAAUAUUUUAAAAAAUAUGGAAAAAGCAGUUGUGAAAGUAUUCUGAAGAUUGUUCCUAGGGAUUUUCUGUUCUAAGCCUUGGAAUCAAAAUACAAUUUAUAAAAUAUAA